AUGGUGCUCCAACACAUUGCCAAGCUCAAUUCCCAGAAGCGCAUCAUCUUGGGGUCACAAAGCCCGCGUAGGAAAGAGCUGCUGCAGGGACUGGGCCUUACCAUCCAGUGCAUCGCGUCCACUUUUGAGGAGCAAUUGGACAAGAGCAGCUUCAAAACUGCGGCGCUGUACGCCAUCGAGACUGCCACCCACAAGGCAAUUGAGGUGGCGCUCAGGUGCGCCUCAGAGGGUGGUGCGCAGCCGGACUUGGUGAUUGGCGCGGACACUGUGGUAGAGCACGGUGGGGUGAUUUUGGAGAAGCCCCGUGACGCAGCCCAGGCAAAGGAGUUCCUCACGCGCCUCAGCGGCGAGUGGCACUCGGUGCAUACGGGGGUGGUGCUUCUUCUGCCCAAAGUGCAAGACCCAGCAGGUGGUUCUGGCCCCCUGGUACGCACCUUCUCUGAGACCACCCAGGUCGAGUUUGCCCCGCUGCAGGAGGCCACCAUCGACGCAUACGUCGCAACGGGGGAUUCCCUCGACAAGGCGGGCGCGUACGGCAUCCAGAGCCUGGGGGGCUGCCUGGUGCGCCGGCUGCAGGGGGACUAUUUCACGGUGAUGGGCUUCCCCCUCUGCAGAUUUUCGGAAGAGUUGACCAGGUCGUUUCUGCUAGGCUAG